AUGAAUAUUGUGGAAUCAUUAAAGAACUUGGUCCCGAACUUAGCAAGAAGCUCUGAAGUGACAGGUCUGAAGGUUGGCAGCCGCGUGACUGGAGAAGGUCAUAUCACAUGCGGUGUAUGUCGAAACUGCCGAGCAGGCAGACGGCAUUUAUGUAGAGAAACCGUGGGCGUUGGCGUCAACCGUCCUGGUGCUUUUGCCGAGUAUCUCUGCCUCCCUGCCUACAAUGUCUUCCAGCUCAGCCAGGGCGUGUCGGACGAUGUGGCUAGCUUCAUGGAUGCUUUGGGCAAUGCCACCCAUACUGCCUUGAGUUUUGAUUUGGUAGGUGAGGAUGUGCUUAUUACAGGAGCUGGACCCAUAGGGGUCAUGGCUGCUGCAAUCUGCCGGCACGUUGGUGCCCGGCAUGUGGUUAUAACUGAUAUCAAUGACUACCGCUUGGACCUUGCCAUGAAGUGUGGUGCGACCAGAGCCAUCAAUGUUGGCGGAGGUGAUCCCACCGAGAGGCUCCGGCAAGUGAUGCGCGAGCUCAAGAUGACGGAGGGCUUCGACAUUGGCUUAGAAAUGUCAGGAGUUCCCAGUGCUGUGCACUCCAUGCUGGAAACUCUGAAUGUUGGCGCUCGCGUGGGCCUCUUGGGCAUACCGUCAAAGCCCUUCCAAAUAAACUGGGACCAUGUGAUCUUCAAGGGCCUCGAGAUCAAGGGGAUCUAUGGCAGAGAGAUGUUUGAGACGUGGUAUAAAAUGCAAAGCAUGUUGGUUGGCGGUCUUCAAGACAGAGUUGCGCCUGUCAUAACACACAGGUUCUCGGUUGAUCAGUACCAAGAUGGCUUCGACGCCAUGUUAUCUGGACAAGCAGGAAAAGUCGUCCUGAGUUGGCAGUGA